UAGUGGGAUAGAUAUAAGGGACGAGUGUAGUUCUGAGAUAAAGUAGCACAUGGCUAACGCGAACGAAAGUUUUCGAGUUCAGCAGCACCGUGGUCAAUCUGGUCAGAUCAUCAUGGAAAAGAAGAUGGCAUCGAUCGUCUUGGAGACUAUGUUAAAGAAGAAAGAAGAGGAAGAGGGUGCUCGGAACUCUGCUCGUAGUUCAGAGAGACAACUCAAAAUGUCAGUAGCAGAGACAACUAAAGAAAAUGCUAUUUUGAAGGAGCAACUAAGCGAUGUUAGACUGGAACUGAAUGAGAGCAAGAAAACUAAUGCUAUUAUACAUAAGAAGCUGGAUGGUCUAAACAGUUUUGUUAAGAGGAUUGGAGGCAGUACCGACUUUAUGCUCAAAGGAUCCACCUCCUUCUUUAGAAAGGAGAAUCACACUCUUAAAACUAAAGUCUCUCACACCAACAAAAACCUGUCUGAUAUAAAGCUGCUAAACGAGGACCUGGUGAGAACACACGAGUUAGACAGGAGAGCUAUUGAGGAACUGUCAGCUACUAUCUCGGAUCUGGAGUUCCGUAUCAGAAUGGGUAUCGUAUCAGACGAGUACACGUCCGAGUAUUGCCUAGCUGCCCACGAAGUUGUGGACCACGAGAUGUCCUGCACUAAAUCUAAAAGGAACUGUGAAAACUGUGAUAUUCUGAAGCUGCAGUUGGCGAAGAAUUCUAUUUCACUUCAGUGUCUAAUUGGGCGUCUUAAACAGAUGGAAGAGUCCAUAUUUGAACUGAAGAACGAGAAAAGAACUCUCAACAACCAGAUAUUAGCUCUACAAGACGAGAACUUCAAAUAUUGAAGAAACUGUAAAAUGUAAAUGACAUUCAGAUUCUCAUUCACCGCGUUGUUGUAUUCCAGUUAAAUUCAUAAAGUUCUUAAAUUAAGUUCUUUUAUCAUUUUGGGACUGCAACUGUCUGGCAAUAAACGACUACAAGAAUAUUGCAUGUACAGCCACAUGAUUGGUAAUCGUUGGGUGGAGUUUUUUUAAAUUUUAUAGUCUGUAAAUAAUUAAUAAUGUGUCUCAAUUUUGUGAAUUUAUCAAUCAUGGAAUUUUGA